CAUGGCGUCCUARAACUGUUGAUAAAACAUCAAGACUUUUAUUCCGAUUUUAGCUGGUAGAACUCCAUAAAAAUGAACAGGAAGAACCUCUACAAGCCGGGAGUACAAAGCGUCAGCGAACAACGAACUAGACGUCGAGGAGUUGAAGCUGAUUUACGGAGAGAAAGGCGYGAAAGACUCCUAACUUCYAAGCGCAUUCGGUUCGAAGAAGAGGUUGAAGCAGAUGAAGAAAACAUUGAAGAAUUCACCGUUCAACAAGUGUGCGARCUUGCAAAGGCGAUACAAAGAAACGAUAAUGAUACACUUCAUUGUUUGCGUAGUUUGAGAAAAGCUUUUGCCCAGGGAAGCGAGUUAAUUCAUGUAUUUUUGCACGUUGAAAAUGGCCUACGAGCUGUAGUCACUCAUCUGACGGGCAGUAACAUCGACCAUCAACUCGAGGCUGCUUGGUGCGUGACAAAUCUAUCGGCYGGUACACACGAGGACACGAUGACUGUUUUGAAAGCUACAGCRCCUUAUCUUAUCACAUACCUUAGUGGGCAAAAUCUACAAUUACAAGACCAGUGUGCCUGGGCWUURGGAAACAUGUCUGGGGAUUCUGUGGAAUGUCGGGAUAUGUUGAGGUCCCAGGGUAUAAUCCURCCUCUUGUAAAACUCUUACAGUCUGAGAUGCCAACUGUGGUUCAGUCAGCUGCUUUUGCUUUGUCUAACCUUUCAAGAGGACAAGGAAAUGCYUCUGAGGAAAUCCUUAMUGCUGGAAUAGCACCACUGCUUGUCAAUCAUCUAGUCCCAGGGAAUAGCUCUCUUGAAGUGAUAGCUGAAGUCUGUUGGGUUCUAACUUAUCUGACUUCUAAACCCGCCUACCUUCCUCAGUUUGUAGCAUUAGAAGUUAUUGAUUAUUUGGUGAAAAUGCUUCAUAGAGUUCUGCAAGAAAGUCCUGACAAUAGCCAAGUUAUUACACCUAUACUAAGAUGCAUUGGAAAUAUAGCCAGUGGCCCAGAUGAAUAUGGUAGCAUGGCCAUGCAAGAUGGAACCCUGCUACCUACCUUAGCAGCCUGYUUUCAAUCAAAUCAUCGUCAUAUUAGAAAAGAAAGUCUUUGGGUUUUGUCUAACCUUACUGCAGGACCUGCAGAACAUUYAAGAGCUGUUGUCUCACAAGUUGCUCUUGUUCCUAUUAUUGUMCAGAUGCUGACCUCAGAAACAUAUGACUUGAAGAGAGAGGCAGCAUUGWCACUUUGUAAUAUUGCAUAUCACAGUCCAGAAUUCCUGAGGGUUAUUCUUGAUAAUGCUGGCAUGACUGGUUUUGUUAAUAUACUAAAAUCACACGACCAGGACACUGUUCUUACUGGCCUACAGUUUGUGGAAAUGUCAUUACGGAUAUUUCCAGAUUCAAAGCAAWGUUUURAAGAAGCAGAAGGAGUUGCAUGCCUCGAGGGACUGGAGUAUAACUGUAAUGAAACACUGCGACAGUAUGCUAAUGAACUUUUAGACAAUUAUUUCAUGGAAGGAGAAGAAGAGGAGGACGAGGGUCUUAAUGAUGAUCAGCAAGAUGCAGACUUGACAUUGCAGCAAAUGAAUAUUGCUACUGCAACAGAAACUGGCAAUUGAAAUUGAACUGUUUUUUAUUGAUUAUAGUCUUUUAAUAUUUAGCAUUUUGUAUUAAUUUUGGUUGUUCCUUGUCAAGUCAGAAAAGAACUCUUGCUUGUGGAAGAGCUGCCAUUGCUACUAGUGUUGAUGUAAUAUAAGGGGAAAUAACCAACAUGCMCCAACCAGCAACAUUUGGUGUUCCUUUGCCAGUAAUGAUAUUGCAACUUGCCCCGAGGGUUUUUUAUCUGGGACCCAUUACUAACAACAAGCUGUUGUGAAUCAUGAAAGGAGAUAUUCCUAUAAUAUUAGAAAUCUCUACAAUACCAGUAUGUUAAUAUCAAAUUCUCAAUGAAUGUCCCAUGUUAUAAUUAAAAUUUGUAAUGUACAUUUUAAAUAUCAAAGGAAAUACAAUACAAAUGAUUUCGUUAAACAAGGAAUGAGAUAAUGGUAUCCCUGUGUAAAUCAAGGAGGAGGGCAACUG